AUCUAAACACGUCAGAGUAGAACUAGGGCUGCACGAUUUGGGGAAAUAAUCCAAUUGUGAUUUUUCUGACAGAUAUUGCGAUUCGAUUUGCGAUAUUUGUUUUUAAGCGACCCAACGGAUGUUUAUUGUAAAAUGCGGCCAUAUCUUCCGUUGGGUUGUUUUUAAAGUUAAGCUUCAGUUUAAGAAUCACUCUGUAAUAGAUGUAGAACAUGUGAUGGAGCAUUACUAACCUGACUCUAGGAAAGCUCCAUUGGAAGCCAUUUGGAAAGGGCAGGCACUUUCAAAAAUACUUGGGAGGUGAUUGGAUCAAUCUGUCUAUCACCUUCCAUCAUGGGCCACUUCUGAUUGGUUAACAAUGGCUGGUACAUGUGGAGCACAGCACUUCUGAUUGGUGUGGAUGACUGACACACAAGAAGAAGAAAAAAUUGUUUUUAAAUAAAAAUAAAAGGUUUUAAAAGAAAUCGCAGUCUUUGUGAUUUGAUAAUCGCAUCAUUUCAAAUCGCGAUUUCGAUUUAAAAUCGAUUGCUCGUUCAGCCCUACACAGAAUACAAAUUAUCAAUAUGGAAAGGAACAUCGGACUCCUUUUUUCAACAAUUUUUAGAGUGCAAAAUUCCCAAGCUUGACUUGCCCUGGAAAUGUUCCAACUCUUUGCAGCCCCAGGUAGUUCAGAGUAAAGAGUCUAUACGUGCGUUUGUGAGCUACUUUAGUAAAAGAUCACGUCUGAGCUGCAUGCAGUAUAUCACUAUUGACAAAGUGGCUGUGUGUGUUCCCAGUGAGGCUGAACCGACUGCUGCUCCAGAUUCGACCCCCGAGGGAGAGGAGAGCGCACCUGCUGGCUCUGAGAACAAGGAGAACGAGGUCGAAGAGGUGAAGAACGAAGGCCCAAAAGAGAUGACCCUGGACGAGUGGAAGGCCAUGCAGGACAAGGAGCGCACCAAGGUGGAGUUCAACAUCCGGAAGCCCAACGAGGGGGCCGACAGCCAGUGGAAGAAAGGAUACGUGCUGCACAAGUCCAAGAGUGAAGACAGGCCUGUGGGGGCUUUGAUCGACGCCGCAGAGACAGAAGUGGAGCCCGCCCCUGUGUUCACCAAGCCGCAGGGCCCCCUCGACGAGUCCAGUGACCACCACUUCCGCAAGCCCGCCAACGACAUCACAUCCCAGCUGGAGAUCAACUUUGGAGACCUGGGCCGCCCCGGCCGCGGGCGUGGGGGGGCUCGUGGAGGCAGGGGAGGCCGUGGGGGAGGAGGUGGAGGAGGAGGAGGAGGUGGAGGUGGAGGUAGUGGAGGCGGGGGUAGUGGAAGUGGAGGCGGGGGUAGUGGAGGUGGAGCUGGAGGCGGUGGCGGUGGCGGCGGCAGGCCGGCACGCGGAGGAGGACGUCCUGAAAAGGCUGGCGGAGUGUCCGUCCCCAACGUGGACGACCCUGAGGCCUUCCCCGCUCUGGCCUGA